AUGGAUCUAGUUUUAGGUUUUAACAUUAAAGAUAAUUGUGAUUAUUUGCUUUCAUUAGAUAAUAAUGUAGCAAAUCAAAAACUUUAUAAACAAUUUGUUUUUUUGUUACACAAAGAUUAUAGAUCAAUUGAGAAUAUUACCAAAGAUGAUUUUGAAAUAAUCAAAAAAGAUGAAUUAUAUUUAUUAUCAAGAUUUAGUGAAUAUUUUAAUGUAAACUAUGGUGAUAAGGAUGAAUAUGUAAAGAAGGCAUUGUUUUUAAAUGUAAUUAAAAAUUCAUUAGAGUUACAGGGUUUAUUAAAAUAUAUAUUUGAUAUAAUUAAAUUAAAUAUUAAGCAUUUAAAUAAGGAAAUAUCAAUGGAAAUUGUUAAUCUUAUUAUAUUGUAUUUUAAAGCCAACUUUAUAUAUGGUAUAGAUCAUUUUGGUUUAUUUUUAUCAGUAUUGUUGUUUCAAGAUUUAAUUGGUUUUGAAGAAUUCAGUAUUAUUUUUGGUCCAGAUAUUCAAAUGAUAUUUAAUAAAUUUAGAAACGAAGCAUUUUUCCAAACGUUUAAAAUCGCACGACAAACAAAGUAUAAAAAUGAUUCAAAUGAAAUUGUUAUAAAAGGUCAUUUUCAAAAUAAAUUUAAAAUUAUAAUUCAUGAUAGACACAUCGACUUUUUAUUGCAACUAUUACAGAGUUCACCCAAUUACAAAGAAUCAUUAUAUAUUUUAUUAACAGUAGCACACAAAUUGCAAAAUAAAUAUUAUGAUCAACUAUUCGAUUUUUUAUAUAAUGAAAAAGAGCUUAUAGAAUACAAAAAUAAAAAUUUCUUUAAUUUAAGUUUCAAUUUUAAACCAUUGGAGGAAUUUAAAGAAAUUAAAAAAGAAGAGAAAAAGGAAAAACAAGAAGGAAUAGAAAAAGAGGAUCCUUUAGAGAAAUUAUUUAGUUCAAAUUUAACAACAAAGCAAACAAAUAAUAGUGAAGUUGAAGACAACAUAUUAAAGUUUUUUAUAAAAUCUUUAUUAAAACACAACAAAUUUAUUUUCGGUUAUUACAAGGAUUUCAUUACAUCAAUUAAUGAAAGAAAAAUAUAUGAGUUUGGUAAAGAUUUCGCAAUGCUAUUUAAGCAUCUACCAUUACAAGAGGUAUUUCAGCUUUUUCAAAAAUGUUUAAAGGAGUUUUUCUUUUCAACCAUCAAGAAUGUUUACAAGUUAUGUUUAAUAAAUUGGGGCGAAGAUAAUUUUAGAGGUAUUUUAACAAUGGAAAGAAUUUUGGAGCCAGAAUUUGAUUCAAUUUUACCUGAUAUUUAUAGAUUUUGUUUCGAGUCUUUAAAAGUUUCAGAUUUAGAAAAGAACUUGCCUUAUUUAUUUUAUGGUAAUAAAGAGCAGUUUAGAGUAAAAUACGAGUUAAUAGAAAAGUAUUAUCUUAAUCAACUCAUCUCAAGUUUAGAUGUACACCUAAUAGAAAAAUAUUUAUACCCUAAUUUUAAAGAAAAGUGUUUAGAAUCAAAAAUAUAUCAAUUUAAAAAACAGCCAGAGGUAAAAAUUCAAGAUCAAAAGAAUAUAGAAGACAACAAGCCAACUCCAAUUUUACCCAAUUAUUUAAUAUUAUAUAUAUUUAAUUUAUAUAUAAAUUCAACAGAAAAUAAUUUAAAAUCAAAAUUUAAUAUAUUAAAUUUAAAUCAUAAAUAUUUCGAAUCAGUUGUAAACUUUAUAAACUUUUCAUCAAGUGUACCAAUUACAAUCAAAUAUACAAAUUCUAUUAAAAAGUUAAAAUCCAUUGGUAGUAGUAGUGAAGAGGGUUGGUCAAUAUUAAAGUUUAACGAGCUAUCCUAUUUAAAGGUGUUGGUGUUAAAAGAUGGGGAAUAUAUAGAUUUUAAAAAUUAUCAAGUAUUUAGCAAUUUAAAAACAAUUGAUAUUGUUAUGGAGAAUGUGGUAUCAUUUUUAAGUGGGGGUCUUAUCAAAAGGCUAUCGUUAAUUCCAGCACUAGAAAAAAUUAGAUUUACACUUGGUUUAAGUAGGAUCACAAAAGACAUUUUAAACGAUUUUAUUUAUUUGGCAGAUUCACUAAACAAGAAAAUAGAGUUUGAUAUCAAUGAAACUUUUACAAUGCAUGAUGAAUACAUAUCUUUAUAUAUUUUAUCGAGUGCACAUACAAAUAUUAAAGUUACAGGGGUAUGCACCACACUUUCCUCUUUUCUCACAAAUCCUGAAACCUAUUCUAAAGCUACCGACACUUUUACUUUUGAAAUUGUCCAAUUGGCUAACUAUUACAAUCCAGAAAACAACACCACAACAAAAAUGAUAAAGAAUAAUGAACAAAUAUCAUCUUUAAAGGAAAUCAAAAACCUACACUUUAAAAUGAAAUGUUCUGAUGUUUUUAAAGUUCUCGAAUUGCUCGAGCAUUUGGACUCUUUAGAAUCUCUUUGCUUUACAUUCACAAAUUCUGGUGCCCAUGAUUUAGCUGAUAAUCUUGAUAAAGUUUUUAUAUUGGCUUCAAAUUUACCCCAACUUUCAAAUAUUACAAUUGCAGAUGACCAAGGUUUCCCAAUGGGCAUAAACUGGUUAAAUUUAACAAAUAAUAAAUUUAGUAGUAAUAAUUUUAAAUAUUUUUUUAAAUAA